AUGGGAGAGGUGGGCCGUCUUCUUGCCUUCAAGUUUCUGCGAACGACCCCCUACCAUGCCAUGGCAAAUGGGCUCGUCGAGAAGUUUAAUGGGACGCUGAAGAUGAUGCUGAAGAGGAUGUGCCAGGAAAAACCACGUUCCUGGGACAGGUACCUCGCCCCACUCCUUUUCGCUUACCGAGAGGUGCCGCAAGCGAGCUUGGGCUUCUCGCCUUUUCAGCUAAUUUACGGUCGUCACGUGCGAGGACCACUGACGCUACUGAAGGAGCUGUGGAGCAAUGAAGACAUCGACGGCGAAAUUUUCACCACCUAUACCUACUUGGUCGACCUUCGACACCGCCUGGAAGAGACAUGCAAGCUUGCGCAUGAUGAAUUGGAAAAAGCACGCGCAAAACAAAAGACUUACUACGACCGCAAAAGCCGUCCUCGGAAGCUAAACGUUGGGGAUAAAGUGCUACUUCUUCUGCCGACAGAUUCCAACGAACUGCUCAUGCAAUGGAAAGGUCCAUUUGAAGUCGUCGAGCGCAAGAAUGAGGUCGACUACGUUCUCGCGAUAAAUGGAAAAAGAAAAAUUUUCCACAUCAAUAUGCUAAGAAAGUACGAGGAACGCGAACCUUUACCAGUGCAGCAGGUGUCGGUCAUAACCGAAGUCGAUCGAAUUGGAGACGGUAAAGUUGAACCUCUUCGGAGAACGCUUGAUAAGAUCGUCGCAACUACAAGGCCAAAGACGAAGAAAGCCCUGCAGUCUUUCGUGGGUCUAACGGGCUAUUACAGGAAAUUUAUUGCAAACUACGCUGAGAUCACCAAGCCUUUGACCGACCUCACACGGAAAGGGCAGAGCAAUACCAUCGCGUGGGGACCGUCUCAGGAAGAAGCUUUCACUAUUUUGAAGAACAAGCUUGGAGAUACCCCCAUUCUACAAGCACCCAACAUGACAAAGGAAUUUGUUCUCCGCACCGACGCCUCGACCACUAGUCUUGGUGCCGUACUGCUCCAGCUAGGAGAGGACCAGGUUUUGCAUCCUGUUGCCUACGCGAGCCGCAACCUAUUGCCUCGAGAAACCCGGGACCAGGCGAGUUCCGUGGUUCUGGCUGCCGUCCAGAGUGGCCGCGAGUUUCGCUGCUGUGGGCCGAUGUUCCUGCUGCCGUUCCGGGUGGCUGGCGCGACCCGGGUGCGCUGCUGA